AUGGACCUCCACAGGGCAGCCUUCAAAAUGGAGAGCUCAUCUUACUUGCCAAAUCCCCUGGCCUCCCCAGCACUCAUGGUCCUGGCCUCCACUGCUGAAGCUUCUCGUGAUGCUUCCAUUCCCUGCCAGCAACCACGCCCAUUCGGUGUCCCAGUUUCUGUGGAGAAAGAUGUCCAUUUGCCAUUUAACAAUGGUUCGUACACUUUUGCAUCAAUGUACCACCGCCAAGGUGCUGUGCCACCAGGAUUCCCCAACAGGGACUUUCCUCCGUCCCUCCUCCACCUCCAUCAUCAGUUUGCCCCACCUAACCUAGACUGCUCGCCAAUCAGCAUGCUGAAUCACAGCGGCGUUGGCGCCUUCAGGCCCUUCGCUUCCCCUCCAGAAGAUCGGGAUGGGGCACCAGGCGGGUAUCAGUCCGCUUUCACUCCAGCCAAGCGCCUCAAGGGCUGCCUUGAUGCAGAUGCUUCACCCCACCUGCGGUACUCUGAUGCUGAGGGGAAAGAAUAUGACUUUGGUGGUGGCCAGAUCCCUCCUGGAGGCUCACCCAGCAGCGCCUUGAAGGCAGUGGAGGACAGUGGGAAAAAGAUCUUCGCCGUGUCUGGCCUCCUGUCUGAUCGAGAGACCUCCUCCAGCCCUGAGGACCGCAUCGAGCGUUGUAAAAAGAAGAUGUCUCUGUACGACAGCCAGGCUCCAGUCUGUCCCAUCUGCCAGGUGCUGCUCAGGCCCGGAGAGCUUCAAGAACACAUGGAGACAGAGAUAGACAGGCUAGCCUCCAUAUGCCUCAGUAAGAACCAGUCACCCAAGGAUGGAGCAGCCACUCCAGGAACCCCCAAGUCGAUGCUGUUGUCCGUGCACAUCAAGCGUGAGGGAGAGUCUCCGGUGGUCUCGCCCCUGUCUUCUGAAGACGCCCACCACUCCGACAGAUACCAGACAUUUUUACGAGUUCGGGCAAACAGGCAAACAAGAUUGAAUGCCCGUAUAGGAAAGAUGAAGAGGAGGAAGCCUGAGGAGGGGGGCCAGGUAUGUCCGCUGUGCAGCGCCCCAUUGGCUGGGAGCGAGGAGGAGAUGAGUAGACAUGUGGAACAAUGCCUGAUCCAGCGCGAGGGCGCAUUAGACGAUGACUCCGUAGACAUGGACGGCGAGAACGGGCGGGGCUUCGAGGAGUACGAGUGGGCGGGGCAGAAGAGGAUCAGAGCCACGGCUUUGCUGGAGGGAGGAUUCAGAGGAACCGGUUUCGCCACGUGUAGCAUUAAGGAGAGCGCCGACAGCGACGCCGACCUGGACGUGGACGGAGACGACACCCUGGAGUACGGCAAGGCCCAGUACACCGAGGCCGACAUCAUCCCCUGCUCGGGAGCCGGAGAGGACCAAGGAGAGGCCAGAGAGAGGGAGGCGCUACGGGGAGCCGUGCUCAACGGCGGGAUGCCUUCUAACAGAAUAACGCCUGAGUUCUCCAAGUGGGCCAGUGACGAGAUGCCUUCAACGAGCAAUGGGGAGAGCAGCAAGACGGACCCCAGCACCCUUUUAUCCCCCUCCUCUUCCUCCUGUGUCCCGCGCACCUGUAAAAACAGCGAGAUCGAAAAAGUAACGGAGGAGGAGUCCACGGCGACCACCAUGGAGGCUCUGAAGGCCCGAAUCAGAGAGCUGGAGAAGCAGAUCCUGAGAGGAGACCGAUACAAGUGUCUCAUCUGCAUGGACUCCUACACGAUGCCGCUCACCUCCAUUCAAUGCUGGCACGUCCAUUGUGAAGAAUGCUGGCUCAGGACUCUGGGGAACAAGAAGCUGUGCCCGCAGUGCAACACCAUCACCUCACCUGGAGACCUGAGGCGUGUCUACUUGUAAAAGAGCACACACCCCCGCCCCCACAACGUUUCUUCAUCCUUCCGAUCCAUUCCUCCAUCAUCUUGGAUUUCUUCUCCCCGUGUGAUCAUGAUUUGUUUUUUUUGUUUUUUUUCCUCGCGGCCCGGGUCGGUAGCUCCCAAACCUUCCAAGAGCCCACAAAGACAAGACGGGCUGUCUUUGAGACUCUGGCUCUUUCAGGAAACUUGGCUUGAAUUCAUGACUUUGAGCACAGCGCUCACCGGCUGUCUGCUUGGCCACCCACGAAAAAAAAAAAAACCCAGAAAGAAACAUGCAGAUGCGCUGCAGUCCUACUGGCCAACAGGCUUAAUGUGACUCCCUCUACAUACUGAAGGACUUUAUAUUCAGUGGAGAGCCUGAUGCAUCCAGCUAAACCCUGCUGAGACCUGGUAGCUUCACCCUGCUGGAGCUGGACCGUAAAGGAACUUCUUAAUACAGAAUCUAAAGACUGCUCCCCCUUCCUCCUCCUCCUCUUCCUCCUCCUCCUCUAGCUCUUGACAUUUCAGUGGUGCUGGACAACAGGCUGAUGACUUGACAGAAAGCUGCUUUUAGUUUGUUUCUCCUCCUACUCCCGACAGAGAGAAAACUCUUAUCUUCACGCCCCUGUUGCUUAUGAGAAUUUAAAAAGAAAAAAAGAAAAGGAAAAAAAAAAGGGCCUGUCCACUAAAACUGAGCUUUCAACCAAACUGAGAAUAACCUCACCACCUUGAAAAGGAGUUUGACACUCCUCCUCCUCCUCCACCUCUUCUUCUUCUCCUUCCCCUACCCGACCCUUCCUCCCUCUUUUGUGGUGUUAUAGUGAAGUAAACCAAAAGCCCCCCACCCUGCCCCUCCUCCCCUCCCUAAGAUGCAGUGCAAGCACAUGUAAUAUAGUUCUAUGUAUGUUUACAAUGUUGGGUGUAAAUGACAUAGAGUUCACACACACACACACACACACACACACACACGCAUAUGCACACAUGUACCAUCAGCAAACACACACACAUACACAAAAGUAUAUAAUAUCAAAGUCCUGUUUUUAGUUGGAAGGGUUUGGGAAUGAUGUUUAAGGGGGGGCGGGGGGAGGGGGUAAAAAAAAAGGCUUAAAUAAAAAAAAAAAGGCCUUGUGUAUUUUUAAAAAGAAGAUCAUUUGAAGAUCCGUCAAAGUUUUAUUUCACUGUACAGGAAUUUAAAAAAUUAAGUAAUAAUAAACUACUCGAGACUAGAUGGUCAAGAUUUAGGUGGUGUCAUGUUUUUCUGCGGAGUACCUUGAAAAACUGUAGAUCUGAACAUGAAGCAAGGAUAGACUUUUUUUUUCCCGUUAGUCUUAACGAACGGAGAGAUUCCUUAUCGCCCAAGACUUACUGCGACCAAGCAGACUGAUGGAACCUCUCCAGUUGCAACAAUGUCCGACUGAGCCUCUUCUUUUAACCUCCAUCUGCGCUUCCUCUCAGUUGGGGAGUAACAACACGCUCAGAUCAUAGUCUAGACACUUUAUUUUUGUUUAGUUUUACCCCUACAUGUCUCAGAAGAAAGCUUUUUCCCCCCUCCAUUGUUCUCAUACUGCUAUGCUGCAACAAAAAAAAAAAAGGUCCCGAAAAUGGCAAACUCCCCGAAGGGCAGGUUCUUUCUGACUAUAAUAAGACGAGAUGGAUGACCAAGACUGGCAACCUCCAGUUCAUGCAACUCCCCUCCUCCUCCUCCUCUUCCUCCACCCUCCUCCCCCUUCCUUCCCUUUUACGGCAGCAGCAGCCAAGGUGGUGGUGUGCUUUGUGUUUGUAAAACUAUGUAUUCUGUGAUGUCUGUAUUGUUGUAAGAAAUGCUGAAAAAAAGAAAAAAAAAAGAAAAAAUAAAACUUCUCAAAUAUCAUGAGUGGUCCUGUUCACAGAAAAACCUCCCCCACCCCUUCCCGGGGCGGUAAAAAUAAGACAAGAAAUGAAGAAAAGUGUUCCCGUUGUUCACUGAAGUAUAGAAAAUAAAGGUGAGGAAGAUGGCCUUAAUGCAAAAGAGACACAUAUUCUGUUCAUGUGCAUUUUCAUCUCAGUGUCAGUAGUGUUUGCUCUCUCUCUCGCUCUCUCUCUCUCUCUCUCAAAGGGACUUUUUUGCAUCUGAAGUUGAUCCGUCUCCAUCCACUGUGAAAUAAUGUAUAAAAAGACCCACACCUUUUGUUUUCAGAGAGAAAUAGAAGGGGUCUGGGAUCCCUCUUUAUGACAAGACAAAUAAUUCUGGGGCGAGUAAAGCAUGAGCUGAUUGGCUGCGAUGGCUGAGCUAAUCUCUAUUGAUGAUUUUUUUUUUUUAGCUUUAUCUCCCCCUUUGGUUUUAGCUCAUUAUGAAGCUACACUUCUUGGUAGAAUAACACUCGACAGGAGAAACAGGAUGUACCGCUACUCCGAUUUCUCUCCAACCCCACCCCCCCUUCGGUUGAUUGGAACCUGCCCCAAAGAUGACAAAUUGCACAAGAGGAUUGUGUCAGAACUAAUUUGUGUCUUGUAUAUUCUUGGAAAUGGUACAUGUCUUUCCCGUUUGUAAACUACAUUUGACAUUAAUUAAAUGAUUGUAAAUCUCAA